GAUCCGCUCGGUGCGUCAGGACGCACAACAUAACCGCUGAUGGCCUGUGUAGACUAUCCGACUUUGAACGGGUGAUUUCCAACCGUUUAGCUUUUUUGAGACUGCAUCAGCACAUAAAGGUGAAUAAUAGACGACAGUUUGAAAAGGAAGCGUUCUGCGUGCAGAUUCAUAGCAGACCUCCAAGAGUCUGAUUUAUAUUACGCAGACGUUUUGCGACGGUGGCACAUUUGCUUACCGAAGGACGGACAACACGAUAACAACUUCAUGUGUGUUAUUAUUCAUUUCCUUGACCACGUAACGCCGUAGAAACUCCCAUGUUAUUACUGUUGAUAAGCAGCAGGACAAUGGUGUCGUCGCUUUUAUUUAUUUUAAUGCCCACACAGGCGCAUUUUCGCGAGAAUCUGCUCUGUCCAUGAGGAUUUCCCCCUACUGCCUUUAUCAUAUUUGAAGUCGGGAGGAUUUUCCCCCUCUCUCGUUUUUCGUUGGUUUGUCUUUAAGAUAGCAGGCUAUUCCUUUUUAAUUCUUAUGCAUCCGCACGAAGACGGGACCUGAGAGGAGAAAACGAGUGAUAACCAGAGGGGAAGAGAAGGGGAAGGAGGCAAGUGAGGAGGGAAGCGAGAAUGAAUGAGACACACUGAGGCAUCAAGAAAAGGAGAUUGGAGGAAUCAAGGACCACCCUCAGGGAGGGUGUAAGCUGAGGACCUGACGCCCCGCUCCCCUGUGCCUGCUGACCGCCUCUACGCUUUACCCCCGCCCCUCGCCUUGCCCCCUGCUUAGCCUCCACCAUGGCUCUGGCAGUGUGUAUCAUCUUAGCUUGUGCUGUGGCUUUCAACAAUGUCGCCCCUUCCUCACCAGCCCUGAGCCGGUCAAUGAUGCCCUUCGGCUUGAUGCGUCGAGAGCUGGCGUGUGAAGGCUACCCGAUCGAGCUGCGCUGCCCUGGAAGCGAUGUCAUCAUGAUCGAAACGGCCAACUACGGCCGCACUGAUGACAAGAUCUGUGACGCAGACCCCUUUCAGAUGGAGAAUGUGCAGUGCUACCUGCCCGACGCCUUCAAGAUAAUGUCACAAAGGUGUAAUAACCGCACCCAGUGUGUGGUUGUAGCGGGGUCCGACGUGUUCCCAGACCCCUGUCCAGGGACCUACAAGUACCUGGAGAUCCAGUACGAGUGUGUCCCCUACAAAGUGGAUCAAAAAGUCUUUGUGUGUCCGGGGACACUUCUGCGGAUUCAGGCGGCCAGCUCUCUGCAGGAGGCAGAGCAUCAGGCAGGCGCGUGGUGUAAGGACCCGCUGCAGUCUGGAGACCGUCUGUACAUCAUGCCCUGGACUCCCUAUCGCACCGACAUGCUGUUUGAGUAUGCCUCCUGGGAAGACUUCAAACAGAACCGAGCCACCACCACCUACAAGUUGCCCAACAGAGUUGACGGCACAGGGUUUGUUGUGUACGAUGGUGCGGUAUUUUACAACAAAGAACGCACACGAAACAUUGUCAAGUAUGACCUAAGGACACGCAUCAAGAGCGGCGAGGCCAUUAUCACAAACGCUAACUACCAUGACACCUCUCCUUACCGCUGGGGAGGGAAAUCGGACAUCGACUUGGCUGUGGAUGAGAGCGGCCUGUGGGUGAUCUACGCCACCGAGUCCAACAACGGACGACUGGUGGUCAGCCAGGUGAAUCCUUACACCCUGCGCUUUGAAGGCACCUGGGAGACCACCUUUGACAAGAGGAUGGCAUCCAAUGCCUUCAUGGCGUGCGGUGUGCUGUACGCAGUGCGGUCCGUCUACCAGGACGAUGACAGCGAGGCGGGCGGCGACCUGAUCAUGUACGCCUACAACACAAACCACGGGCGCGAGGAAUCCGUCAACAUGCCUUUCCCCAACCCCUAUCAGUAUAUUUCCUCUGUGGACUACAACCCUCGGGACAACCAGCUCUAUGUGUGGAACAACUAUAACGUGCUGCGCUACUCCCUUGAGUUUGGACCCCCAGAUCCCACCACAGGCCCUCUGACCACUACCCUAGUGGCCACCACUCUUCCAGCCAGGCCUUCCUCUGCAAGUGCCAGCCCCUCUACGGCUCGCCCUCUGGCCCCCACCUCGCGCCCAAUCGGCUCAAUCAACAAGCACCCUGAUCUUCGACCAAUCACAGCCACUGUGCCUGUCACCCGCCGGCCCCCCCUCCCUCCUCAAGACCUGGAGCCAAAUAUCUGCGAGUCCAAGCUGGUGCGAGGCGUCCAGUGGCCCACCACCCAGAGAGGAGAAACUGUAGACCGCCCAUGCCCCAAAGGGUCUCUCGGCAUCGCUUCGUUCCAGUGCUUGGCGGAGCAGGUCAUGUGGAACCCGCGGGGUCCUGACCUGAGUAACUGCACCUCCCCGUGGGUCAACCAGGUGGCCCAGAAGAUAAAGAGCGGGGAGAAUGCUGCCAACAUAGCAGGAGAGCUGGUGAACCACACGCGCAGCCGGAUCCAGGCGGGCGAUGUCAGCUCAUCCGUGCGGCUGAUCGAGCAACUACUGGACAUCCUGGAUGCCCAGCUCCAGGCCCUGAGGCCCGGAAACAAGGAGUCAGCUGCACGGAACUACAACAAGCUCCAGAAGCGAGAGCGGACCUGUCGGGCCUAUAUCCAGGCGGUGGUGCAGACGGUGGACAACCUGCUGCGUCCCGAAGCCCUGGAGUCGUGGCAGGACAUGAACACCACAGAGCAGGCGCACACGGCCACCAUGCUACUGGACGUCCUGGAGAAAGGAGCUUUCCUAUUGGCCAACAACAUGUACGGGUUACGCUUUUCUGAUCGAGCGCCCAGCAUUGAUCUGGAGGUGCAUGUUUUAAACACAGAGAUGGACCAGCAGGACUUAUCCUUCCCACAGAACUACGCCAGCGACAGCACCAUCCAGCUCUCAGCCUCCACCAUCAAACAGUACAGUCGUAACGGACAAGUCAAGGUGGUGUUCAUCUUAUAUAAAAACGUGGGAUCCUUCCUGUCCACGGAGAACGCCACAGUGAAGAUGGAGGUGGAUGGGCUGAGCCACGAUAAGAAGCGCCUGGCAGUCAACUCCCAUGUGAUCGCUGCCUCCAUCAACAAAGAGUCCAGCCGAGUGUUUCUCAUUGAGCCCGUUGUCUUCACGCUCAAACACCUACAGUUGGACAAUUAUUACUCUCCAAAUUGCUCCUUCUGGAACUACUCUGAGCGCUCCAUGACGGGCCAGUGGUCGUCGCAGGGCUGCAAGCUGCUGGACACCAACAGCACACACACCACCUGCUCCUGCAGCCACCUCACCAACUUCGCCGUGCUUAUGGCUCAUCACGAGCCCGAUUACCAGGGGCGAAUGCAUGAACUGAUCCUGUUUGUGAUCACCUGGGUUGGGAUUGUCAUCUCCCUAGUGUGUCUAGCCAUCUGCAUCUCCACCUUCUGCUUCCUGCGAGGCCUGCAGACCGACCGCAACACCAUCCACAAGAACCUCUGCAUCAACCUCUUCAUCGCAGAGCUGCUCUUCCUCAUCGGCAUCGACAAGACAGAAUACCAGAUUGCCUGUCCCAUCUUUGCUGGCCUUCUGCAUUUCUUCUUCUUGGCUGCCUUCUCCUGGAUGUGUCUGGAGGGUGUGCAACUCUAUCUCAUGCUGGUGGAAGUCUUUGAAAGCGAAUACUCCCGCAAAAAGUACUACUAUCUGUGCGGCUACUGCUUCCCCGCACUAGUGGUGGGCAUCUCUGCGGCCAUAGACUACAGGAGCUAUGGGACCAAGAAAGCAUGCUGGCUGCGAGUGGAUAACUACUUCAUCUGGAGCUUCAUUGGACCUGUUUCAUUUGUUAUUAUGCUCAACCUCAUUUUCCUCAUGAUCACUUUACACAAGAUGGUACGCAACUCUUCAGCACUCAAACCUGACUCCAGCCGCCUGGAUAACAUUAGGUCAUGGGCUCUGGGGGCCAUUGCUCUGCUGUUCCUUCUGGGGAUGACGUGGGCUUUCGGCCUCCUCUUCAUCAAUGAAAACACAGUUAUUAUGGCUUACCUCUUUACCACCUUCAACGCCUUUCAGGGCAUGUUCAUCUUCAUCUUCCACUGUGCCCUGCAAAAGAAGGUCCAUAAGGAGUACAGUAAGUGUCUGCGUCACUCCUACUGCUGCAGCCGCACCUCCACCACCAGCUCCCACGGCUCCCUGAAGAACUCGGGCCUGCGUGCCAACAACCGCUACUACAGCGGCAGCCAAGCCCGCCACGCAGCAGCCCACCGACAGAGUCGGAUCCGCAGGAUGUGGAACGACACGGUUCGAAAGCAGACGGAAUCUUCUUUCAUGGCGGGAGAUAUCAAUAACACCCCAACACUCAACCGCGCGACCAUGGGCAACCACCUUUUGACGAACCCAGUUUUACAGACUCGCACUGGCACCUCUCCUUACAACACGCUGCUGGCCGAGAGCUUCACCCCCCCCUCACCUGGCGUCUUCAACUCUACUGGAACCUUCCGUGACCCGAAAAGCACGUUAUCAAAGGCCCGCGAUCCAUGUGGGAUGGAAACCCUGCCCUUGAAUGGUAACUUCAACAACAGCUACUCCCUGCGCAGCGGCCCAGGGGGUGUAGGCGGGGGCAGCUGUGACUUCCUUGGUGGUGGGGGAGGAGAAAGUUCCCCAACCCUCCUCAAUCCUCGCAGCUCAGAGGCCCUUGGAGGCGGGGGCAUCCGACGAAACCUCUCCGAUGCCGCGGCCUUCGAGAAAAUGAUCAUCUCUGAGCUUGUGCACAACAACCUGAGAGGGAGUGGAGGAGGAUGCGACGUAGGGGACAGAGUGUGUGGCAGCCUGGCCAGGGGACGUCCUCAUGGAGGGGUCGGUCGGGGGACAACAGGGGCCGGGCCAGAACCAUCUAUCAGCAUGGAUGAAGAGGAGGACUAUAUGAGAGAGGGACGGCAGCGCACCCCACAGGAUGUGGAGCUGCUCUACAAAGCUCUGGAGGAGCCCCUGUUGUUGCAGCGCGCGCAGUCCGUCCUCUACCAGAGCGACCCCGAGGAGUCCGAGAGCUACACGGCCGACCUCACCGAGAGCCUGGGCCACAGCGGCCACAGCGGCCAGAGUGCUGGGGGGCAGACGGGCAGCAGAGCACCAGACUCCCCCGCCCGUGACUCCCUGUACACCAGCAUCACCAACCUGCGAGACUCUCCAUACCCCGACAGCAGCCCCGAACCCCUGGAGGUGGUUCCCCGCUCAGCCCAGCCCCCCGAGGAGCUGUACUACAGCUCUGGGAGGCCCGCACUGGGCUCCCGCGGGGCCCCAAUGCAGACCUUCUACCAGGCCACACACCGGAGACCGAGUGGGGAGGGACACCAGGGUCAAGAGCCCGCCCAUAAUGAGGGAGACGGACAGAUGCAGCUGGUCACCAGCCUGUGACUGGAGGCUGAAGGAGGAAGUUGGAGACAUAUGUGAUGGCCAAAGCCGCCUCCUAGCCUGCCUCGUUUUGCGUCUCUCCACUUUCUGCUUGUUUGGUUGCCUUUCUUUCACUCGACUUUUAUUUAGCUAACAGAUGAGCAAACAGAGUGACCUUCAUGGGGGAGUCAUGGCUGAGUCAGCCUUUAUCUUAAACCCUCCCCAGUCUUCUGGAGAUAAGUGAUGGGAGUUUUGUCGCAGAGCAUUCGUUAUGCUUUCUUUAACUCUGUUCCCCCCCAAAGUUCUUUUGUGACCCUAAGGCCAAGUCCAGCACUCUGAAUGUAUCACAAUCUACCCCGUUUACCUUCAGAUAUUUCAGAAACUUUAAAACUUUGUAAAAGUUUUUUUUAUUGUUAUUACUCAUCAGACCUGCCUCCGGAGAUGGGAAUAUUAUUUUGUAUUUUAUCUCAUUUCCCUUUCGUAACAUCCAUUGGUCUUUUUUUAUGUCAUCGUUUGAUAGGAGUAGCUAGCUGUGGAGACAGGGAAUAUAAUACACUAUUAUAACCUAAAAAGAAGUCUCACAGAAAGCUCUUCAUUGUUGCCAAAAAUAUAUUUUAUUGAGCCAGAACAGAAACUAGAACAUUCACAAACACAUUCACAUAUAUGCUCACUUAUCCAGAAGUGCUCAUUACUGAACAUCAAAAGUCAAAAUCGUACUUCAUCUAAGUAAAGGGAACACGCUUUUGUUCCAAGCAGGCAGUGGGAGCUGAUUCAGUUGCCUUCAUUUUCUCUUGCUGUGAAUCGACGACUAUGUACAGAAGUGGAGUAAAAGCAGAGACUGAAACGCUGCCCCCCCCCCCUCCAGAGCAGAAGAAUCUGCAUCCUAAAGACUGGCCACUCCUCUCCACUGUUCUCUCUGGUUGUUUGCUUUAGGCAUUUGAAAAGUUAAAUGACUGCCUUGCUAUUGUUUUUAUGAGAGUAUUCAAUUUGUUGACUUUUGGUCUGCAUCCUUUGGGGGCUGCGAGGGCCCCCUGUACUUUGCUGUUAGAGCCUAGCCAGUUGAAGUGGACUUGUUUCCUGUGUGUGGUUGUGACAAGAAAGACUAUAAACACCGCGAAAGCACUGGUCGACCAAUUGGUAUAGCCGUGUACAUAGGAACCACACAUGAAUCUACUUUAUUCCUAAUAUGUAAAUAGACACAACAGAUGAUCAAAAGCAACAAAAUUAACAAAUACUAUGAAAAAUGACUUCUUGUACUGCAACAAAUCAACGAAAGAAAAAAAUAAAAUGUUUUGGAGUUUGUGAACUGAAUGAUAAUGGUCUCUCUCCCCGGUAGCGUGAUCUAUUGCUUGUCUGUGCCAUUCAGUGAAAAAUCUAGGGAUCCAAUGGAGAUGUAAAUGCAGAGAGAGAGACAGAUUAUAAUGUCUAGUAGAUUUUAUUUAUAUAUAAAUAUAUGAAAAACGGAAAACGAAAAAAUCAUGGCACCAUUUUGAUGUAAUAUAUACACCCAGGUUGUUAAUGUUUGACCUUUGACAUUCCCAGGGUGGGAUUGCCAAAGGCAGCGGGAGGUGUGAGGAAAGCGAGAUAGAUGUUGCCAAAUGUCAUUCUGUGCCUCAAGGGCACGAUAAAGCAUUGUGAGUAACGGCAGCAUCCAUAAAGUGAUUUUGUUUGUAUUAUUUGGAAGAUGUAACCAGAUAACACUUACUUACGACAUGGGUUUUAGCAUGUAUGAUAAUGACAUUUGUUUCGCUAUCUGGAAAAAUUGCAUUUAGCUGUUUCUUAAAGGUAGUUUCAGCACUUCUCAAAAGCUUAAUGUGACAAUUCAUUGAUUACCUGUGUGCAUGUGUUUGUGUGUAAUUAUGAAUGCGUCUGAAUGGCUGGUUGUGUGUGUGUGUGUGUGUGUGUGUGUGU